CCACACAGAUCAAAUUCGUCUGCUCUCCUUUGUGAAUCACGCUCCGGCCGACGAAAUCUUUAACGAAAAAGUCGGAAUCUUUUGCCCGGAGAGCUAAGCUAUGGAGCAUUUUGGGCUUAAGAUGUAAUGGGAAGGGAUUGAAGGAAUAAAAGAAUUGGUAUGGCGACGUUUGUUGGUGGGUUUGUGUUGCCAUCGCUGCUCUUAACAGCUGCUUUACUGAAUUGGAAUUUGGUAUCUCUUGUUGAUUUGGUGGCUUCACUUAUUAUCCGAUUUACUGCUCCGAAACGAGGAUUUCGUUUUCGAGGAAGGAUUCUGUUGUGGUCUGUCUUUGCAUUUUCUCUUCUUGUAAUUGCUACCGAAGUGAUUUUUCUUGCUUUAUGGGCCAUCAUUGGUUUCAAGUGGUGGGUAGCAGAUUCCUGGUGGGCAAAACUAAUUGGACUGAUGAAGGUCCAGUCUUAUGGGUUGCCCUUAGUAAUUUAUUAUUUGACCGUUCAUAUAUUAGUGGCGGUUGCAACUAUCUUAGAAAUCAGAAGUGAUAGAUAUGGAUUGUUUCAGUCAAGUGAUUCAUGUUGGGGGCGUUUCUCAUCAGCUUUUGAGCAUAUAGGUUCUCGUCUUAGGGUGGCCUCUUGUUUAUUGCUUCCUGGCAUUCAAUUAAUUGUGGGAAUCAGCAAUCCUUCUUGGCUUUCUUUGCCAUUCUUUAUAUGCAGUUGUGUUUCCCUGGUUGAUUGGUCAUUAACGAGCAACUUUUUAGGCCUUUUUAGGUGGUGGAGGAUUCUUUGGCUGUAUGCUGGCAUUAGCAUUUGCUUACUUUAUGUGUAUCAGUUCCCUGUUCCAUACCCACAAAUGUUUCAUACUAUUGCUAAUUUCCUUGGUCUCUAUGAAAUAUCUGCAAAUUCCAGCUGGCAAGAAAUAUGUUCUGGGGUCACACUUUUGAUAUUCUUCUAUAUGCUUUCAUAUAUUAAAUGUGAUUUGGAGGAAAUGCAUCUCAUUGUGACCAUGACCACUAGAGAAGGAACCUUGACUGAACAACUUCUUCCCUCGAGGCAUUCUUUUUUCAUUCGGGAGUCCAAAUCAGGUGUAAGGCAUACCAAUGUUUUGUUGAGAAGUACAGUUUUUCAGAUUUUCACAAUUAACUUUUUCUCAUAUGGCUUCCCGGUCUCCUUGUUUGCACUCUCAUUUUGGAGCUUCCAUUUUGCUAGUAUAUGUGCGUUCGGACUGCUAGCGUAUGUUGGUUAUAUCUUAUAUGUUUUCCCUUCACUGUUUCGAAUGCACCGAUUAAAUGGUUUGCUACUAGUCUUCAUUCUUUUCUGGGCUGUGAGCACAUAUAUCUUCAAUGUGGCAUUUGCUUUCUUGAACUUGAAUCUCGAGAAGGACAUGGAGAUUUGGGAGAUGGUUGGCCUGUGGCAUUAUCCUAUUCCUGGAUUCUUUUUACUUGCCCAGUUUGGUCUUGGAAUUCUUGUAGCUGUGGGUAACCUGGUUAACAAUUCUGUCUUUCUGUGCUUAUCUGAUGAGGAGCAGUAUCCUUCAACUAACAGCUCUAUUGAGGAAGAGAAUGGAGAGACCAAAGUAUUGAUUGUGGCUACAAUCGCCUGGGGUUUGCGCAAAUGCUCUCGAGCCAUCAUGCUGGUCUUGAUAUUCCUUAUUGCAGCUAAACCUGGUUUCAUCCAUGCUGUUUAUAUUGUGUUCUUCUUUGUGUACCUUUUGAGCCAUGACAUCAGCAUGAGGAUACGCCAGACCUUAAUCCUUUUAUGUGAGGUUCAUUUUGUAUUUUUAUACAUUCUUCAGCUUAAUCUGAUCUCAAAAACUCUAGAGCAAAAGGGAUCAUUGAGUAUGGAGCUUCUGUCACAGCUAGGUCUUCUUGAAAGCGAAAGUUGUUGGGAUUUCCUUGAAGUAGCUCUCCUGGCAUGUUUUUGUGCCAUUCAUAAUCAUGGCUUUGAGAUGCUGUUCUCAUUCUCUGCAAUUGCCCAACAUACUCCAUGUCCUCCUCUAGGUUUUGGCAUAUUAAAAGCUGGUUUGAACAAAUCAGUUUUAUUGUCAGUUUAUGCUUCUUCCACCACCCGAGAUUCUAAUUACGAUCCUUCACUCGAAAGGAGAAUUGCGCUUUACCUCAGUGCUAUAGGGAGGAAAGUUCUAUCUAUAUAUAGAUCAUUUGGAACAUAUAUUGCUUUUCUCACAAUCCUUAUCACGGUGUACCUGGUCAGGCCCAAUUACCUAUCAUUCGGGUACAUCUUCCUCCUGCUUUUCUGGAUCAUUGGAAGACAGCUAGGCGAGAAGACGAAACGUCGUGUUUGGUUUCCAUUAAAGCUGUAUGCAAUCAUAGUGUUCAUUCUCAUAUACGGGUUGAGUGUCUUUCCCAGUUUUGAAGCAUGGAUGUGCAGAAAACUUGAUCUGUUUGUAAACUUUGGAUAUAAUCCUGAUGGCUCAGUUUUUGAAAACGUUUGGCAAUCUCUUUCAAUCGUGAUCGUGAUGCAACUUUACAGUUAUGAAAGGCGGCAAAGCAAAUAUUUUCAGUCGGAAGACAAUACCUGUCCUGGUCAAUUUGGUAUACUUGGUGUUGUCAGGAGGUUCCUCAUUUGGCACAGUCACAAGAUUCUGCUCAUUGCACUGUUUUAUGCAUCAUUAUCUCCAAUAAGUGCGUUUGGGUUUGUUUACCUUCUUGGUAUAGUCCUCUGUUCUAAUCUACCUAAAGCUUCACGAAUCCCGUCCAAAAUGUUCCUAGUUUACACAGGAAUUCUAGUGGCCACCGAGUAUCUGUUUCAGAUGUGGGGUAAAGAGACCGGGAUGUUUCCUGGACAAAAGCACUAUAAUUUGUCCCUCUUCUUGGGCCUCCAAGUGUAUAAAGAGCACUUUUGGGGUCUUGAGGCAGGUUUAAGGUCCAAAAUUUUCAUCAUUGCUGUGUGUAAUCUUCAAUACAACGUUUUCCACUGGCUAGAAAACAUGCCUGCUUCUCUCUUAGGUGUUGAUGGUGGGUUAGAGGAACCUUGCCCCUUGUUUGCCUCGGCAGGUGAUAUAUUGACAUCCCCACACACUGGUGAGCUAUCCAAGCAAAGGAUAGAAGGCAUGAAUGGCAGCAAGUCAUGUGCAUACUUCAGCCAUCCUCUGUACAGAUCAUCUGAUUAUGGGUCUUCUGAAAAAAGUGGACUCUCGGAAAAUAGUAGCAGCACCAGAAAGUAUUCAUUUGGAUAUCUCUGGGGAAGCAUGAAGGAGAGUCAUAAGUGGAAUAAGAAAAGGAUUAUUGCCUUGAGAAAGGAAAGGUUUGAGAUACAGAAGACAACCUUAAAAGUGUAUCUCAAGUUUUGGGUGGAGAAUAUGUUUAACCUUUUUGGGCUUGAGAUCAAUAUGAUUGUGUUGGUUCUUGCCAGCUUUGCUCUGCUUAAUGCUAUUUCAAUGCUUUACAUUGCAUUACUUGCUGCUUGUGUUCUUUUAGACCGGCACCUCAUACGUAAAAUAUGGCCCUUUUUCGUUAUGUUGUUUGCUUCGAUUCUUGUAGCCGAAUACUUUGCCAUGUGGAAGAAGCAGAUGCCUUCAGCCCAACCAGAUGAUGCACACAUCCACUGCCAUGCCUGCUGGAGAAACUCAGACAGAUAUUUUGAUUUUUGCAAAAAGUGUUGGCUAGGGCUCAAUGUUGAUGACCCUCGAAUCCUGAUCAGCUACUUCACAGUCUUUAUGGUUGCAUGUUUCAAACUCCGCGCAGACCGUGCUUCCAGCUUUUCUGGACUGUUUACAUACCGCCAGAUGGUUUCUCAGCAGAGGAAUUCUUUUGUUUGGAGAGAUCUUUCCUUUGAAACCAAAAGCAUGUGGACUUUUCUUGACUACUUACGGCUUUACUGCUAUUGUCAUCUUUUGGAUCUUGUGCUGGCAUUGAUUUUGAUAACGGGCACCCUUGAAUAUGACAUUCUUCACCUUGGAUACCUUGGUUUCGCUCUAGUCUUCUUCCGGAUCAGACUUAAAAUACUCAAGCUGAAAAACAAGAUAUUCAAAUACCUACGCAUUUACAACUUUGCUGUUAUUGUACUCUCUCUUGCCUACCAGUCUCCAUUCAUUGGUGACUUCAAUGCCGGGAAAUGUGAAACCAUCGAUUACAUUUAUGAGGUGAUUGGGUUUUAUAAAUAUGACUAUGGGUUUCGGAUCACGUCAAGAUCGGCUUUGGUUGAGAUCAUCAUCUUCGUUCUGGUUUCCUUGCAAUCGUACAUGUUUUCCUCCUCGGAGUUUGAUUACGUGUUCCGUUAUCUUGAGGCAGAACAGAUCGGUGCCAUUGUAUGUGAGCAAGAGAGGAAAGCAGCAUGGAAGAAGGCACAGUUGCAGCACAUUCGUGAAUCCGAUGAGAAGAAGCGGCAGAGGAACCUGCAAGUGGAGAAGAUGAAGUCUGAGAUGCUGAACCUGCAGAUCCAACUCCAUAGCAUGAAUUCUCUUGAUACUUCCCCUGUUAGUGAAGGCUUGAGGAGACGGAGAAACACUUCUCGCGUGAACUCAGAUUUGGUGUGUGAUUUGCCUGAAUCUCCCGAUGCUGAGAGCCCGUUUGCUUCAGAAUUAGCAAAGAAUCCUAUAAUAGAAUCAACUCUGUGUGAGAUAACUGAACUUGAAGAAGAAGAAGAAUGUGAUAAUGCUUUUGCGGAUGCGGGAAAGCAAAGGAGAGAUCAUAGUGGUCAAUUGAAGGAGAAUCCAUUGGCUUCUGCUGUGCAGUUGAUAGGAGAUGGAGUCUCUCAAGUACAAUCAAUAGGAAAUCUGGCUGUCAACAAUAUUUUCAGCUUUUUGAACCUCUCUCAAGAAGAUUCUGACUCCAAUGAGUCUUCUUCAGCCGAAGAUGGUCAAAACAUGAGGAACAGUGCAUACCUGAAUCGUGCAUCUUCUCUGCAAUCUGACAAGAGCAGAACGUCUGAAGCUGCAAGCCUACAAAUCGGCAAAAUUUUCUCUCAUAUAUGGUUUCAGAUGCGUUCCAACAACGAUUUCGUCUGUUACUGUUGCUUUCUUCUUGUGUUUCUCUGGAAUUUCAGCUUGUUAUCAAUGGUCUACUUGGCUGCUCUCUUCCUAUAUGCACUGUGUGUUAAUACUGGCCCAAGCUACAUCUUCUGGACAGUCAUGUUAAUAUACACAGAGUUUUACAUUUUACUUCGGUAUCUCUAUCAAGUCAUCAUUCAGCAUUGUGGUUUCAGCAUUCAGUCUGGCCUUCUUCCCGAGUUGGGCUUUCCUACCAAAAGGAUAACAUCGUCAUUUGUCAUCAAUUCACUUCCAUUGUUUCUGGUGUAUUUGUUCACUCUCAUACAGAGUUCCAUAACUGCAAAAGAUGGUGAAUGGUUUUCACUGGCGCAUGGGAAUAGUAGUAAAGGUAGGCUGGUGGAUCGGAAAGAAGCUCCCACAGGAUCCAGCUGGAGUGAAAAGGUGAAAAAGCUACUUCAGCCAUUGAUAAACAUGAUUAGAAUAGUGACCAGAAGCUGUUGCAGAUACUGGAAGUCACUGAUACAGGAUGCAGAAUCUCCUCCAUACUUUGUGCAGCUGUCCAUGGAUGUGAAUGAUUGGCCUGAGUAUGGGAUCCAGCCGGAGAGGAUUGAAUCCGGAAUAAACCAACUGCUGCUACUUGUGCAUAAUGAGAGAUGCAGGAAUGAAAACCCCAACCGUUGCUCAUGUGUUAGUAGAGUUCAGAUCCAGAGCAUUGAGAAGAGUGCUGAGAAUCCAAACAUGGCUUUAGCUGUUUUUGAAGUGGUUUCCUCCUGCCCCCUUACAGAAGAAUGCACACCCGACGAGCCAUUCAAGUCACUCACUCCCGCGGCUGAUGUGGCAAAGGACAUUCUUAAGGCACAGCGGGUGGGAUUUGUUGAAGAUGUUAGAUUUCCAUACCCUAUACUCUCUGUCAUUGGAGGGGGAAAAAGAGAGAUUGAUCUUUAUGCCUACAUCUUUGGUGCUGAUCUCUCUGUGUUUUUCUUGGUUGCUGUUUUCUACCAAUCUGUUAUAAAAAACAAGAGUGAUUUUCUGGAUGUUUCCCAGCUAGAGGAUCAGUUCCCUAAAGAGUUUGUAUUUAUGCUGAUGGUUAUCUUCUUCUUGAUGAUGGUUGAUCGUGUCAUAUACCUUUCUUCGUUCACCUCGGGGAAAGUGAUUUUCUACAUAUUUAAUCUCAUUCUUUUCACGUUUUUUGUUACGGAAUAUGCUUGGAGCACAGAUUCUUCACAACAGAGUGCUGCCGGAUUUGCCCUUCGUGCAAUAUAUCUCACCAAAGCAGUUUCUUUGGCUUUACAAGCUAUCCAAAUCCGUUAUGGUAUUCCCCAUAAAAGCACGUUGUAUCGCCAGUUUCUAACCAGCACAACUUCAAGAGUCAAUUAUAUUGGCUACCGGCUUUAUCGUGCACUCCCAUUCCUCUAUGAACUUAGAUGUGUGCUUGACUGGUCGUGCACUACAACGUCAUUGACCAUGUAUGACUGGCUAAAGCUAGAAGACAUCAAUGCAAGCUUGUAUCUGGUCAAAUGUGAUGCUGUUCUGAAUAGAGCAACACAUAAACAGGGAGAGAAGCAGAGCAAGAUGACUAAGUUCUGCAAUGGAAUUUGCUUGUUCUUCGUCUUAAUAUGUGUCAUCUGGACUCCCAUGCUGAUGUAUAGCAGUGGUAAUCCAACAAACAUUGCGAAUCCUGUGAACGAUGCCAGUGUUCAGUUGGAUAUCAAGACUGAUGGUGGAAGGUUGACACUAUAUCAAACAGCUCUAUGCGAAAGAAUCCCAUGGGAGUUUCUCAAGAAUUCGUCUAACAAUCUUGAUCCGGAUGGGGGUCUUGAUGCAUAUAAUGUGUAUGACAUCCAGUUGAUUUGCUGUCAAGCCGACUCUUCUGCAAUGUGGCUUGUCCCUGAUGUGGUCCAGAGGAGGUUUGUUCAGUCUUUUAACAGCCGUAUGGAGAUUAAGUUUUCUUGGGUUCUCACUAGAGACAGGCCAAAGGGGAAGGAAGUUGUGAAAUAUGACAUAACUGCUGAUCCUCCACAGCCGCUGGAAGUUGAGAGAGCCAUAAAUGGUUCCACCAGUAGCUUUAGAGUUGAAAAUAUCUAUCCAAGAUUCUUUAGAGUGACUGGCUCUGGAGACGUUAGGCCUUUUGAGAAACAGGAAAAUGAUGUCAGCGCUGAUAUUGUUUUGAAUCACGGAGUUUCUGAUUGGUGGUCCUUCCAUGAUACAAAUUCAAUGGAUAUAAGUGGUUGCGGAGGGUGGAUGGGUCCCAUGGCCAUCAUCGUAUCUGAAGAAACUCCCCAGGGCUUGCUGGGAGACACACUUAGCAAAUUCAGUAUCUGGGGUCUCUACAUUACAUUUGUGCUAGCAGUAGGGCGCUUCAUUAGGCUUCAGUGCUCUGACUUGCGGAUGAGAAUCCCAUAUGAAAAUCUCCCUUCAUGCGACAGAUUGAUUGCCAUUUGUGAGGAUAUCUAUGCUGCGAGAGCUGAGGGUGAGCUUGGAGUUGAGGAGGUUCUGUACUGGACACUGGUUAAGAUUUACAGGUCACCCCACAUGUUGUUGGAGUAUACCAAGCCAGACUAGGAAAAGAAAACUAAGAAUUGUAAAAAAAAAAGGAAAUUUGCAGGAAAAUGCUACUUCAACAGUUUAACAUACACCACUAGAGACAAUCAUGCACAGACAAUCACUGUGUGAGACACUGGCAUUGUCAACUGUGGUGUGACUAUAGUAUGACCCCAGAUUUGUGGGACUAGUGACCACUAACAUAUAGCCACCUGAUAUAUGUAUAAUAACAGCCAAUUCUUUGU